GUGACUGCCGUUACGUCACUAUCUAUUUACAGCUCACAUUUGCGAUUCGUACAAAUGAUUCUAAACUGGUUAUUGCCUCGUCAUUGCAGUGGCCGGCAACCAACAUACCAUAUACACCGUGUACAGGAUGGCCCUGUCCCUUCGGAUGUUUGUGGUCGACACUUUUGCUGAUGAAGCAUUUAAGGGAAAUCCUGCGCCCAUAUGUCUACUCCCGCUAGGAUGUGAUCUGACGAACACCGUCAUGCAGGAGAUUGCCAGCGAGCUGGGCAUGGGUGAAACUACAUUUGUCCAACCUAUCAGCGAAUCAGGCACCUUUCAAUCUGGCAUGACGUUCAAACUCCGAUCUUUAACCAGAUCCAAUGAAGCACGGCUAUGUGGCCAUGGCGCACUCGGGUCUGCUGCAGUUCUGUUCAGGAAAAUGAGAAAUACAAACGCCUGUAUCGUAUUCAAAACAUUCGUGGGAGACCUAUUCGUGAAACAGGAGGAUGAAUAUUUCUCGUUGGAUCUUCCUAUUGGGCACACUGUCAAAGAGGAGCUACGGGAUCAUUCGGCUAUUCUAUCGGCUCUCGGGGACGUUCCCGGGGUCAGGGAUGUCGCCUACUGUCAGCCUCUACGGUUCCUGCUAGUCAGACUACAAGAUGGCUGGUCAAGACAUCAGUUUGAAUCUUGGCAACCAGACAUUGGAUCAAUAGAAACAUCAACAAACAAAUUAAGGGUUCUUAUUAUCACAACAAGAGGCUCUACCGAGGAAGGAUAUGUUGAUAAGUCCGGCGCUCCGUAUGAUUUUGUCUCCCGGUGUUUUUCUCCAUGGACAAGCUCCAGAGAAGAUGCUGUGACGGGAUCUGCACAGACGGUCCUUGCGCAUUACUGGUCACAACAGUUAGGCAAGACAGAUUUCCAUGCGAGACAGUGUUCCAAACGUGGAGGCGACAUCAUCAUCAGACUUCGAGAUGACCGUGUGGAAAUACUGGGUAAAGCCAGGUUCACCAUGGAUAUUACACUGACGCUGGACAAGAACUGAUCUGAUGAGGCUAUUACCAUGCCUUCCUCCAACAUAAUCAGACUGACAGGCUGAGGCCGAUUGCACAAUACUAUCGGAACCAACCUGUAAAUAAGAUCAUAUUCAUAAAAACAAACCGUUGUUGUUGUUGUUAUU